AUGGACUCAGUGAAGGCGGCCAUAAAUUGCGCUGCCAAAGAAUUGGCUUCUCAUGUACCAUUAACUAUACCUUCGUCCAAUUCCUCGCACACGAGCUCUGAUUCCGAGUUCUUUUUCGAAAAAUGGCGCAGGAAGAUAACACGAGAGGUUCGCAGACGCUGGAGAGCCGAGAAGAAGCUGAAGAAAGCAAGAAUCCUCCUUCGUACUACCUUAGGAAAGGAGACCGCCAAGAAGAAGGGAUUAAGAAUCAAAAUCUCCCCUACGAUCGGCGAUACCUCGAACCCUCGCGACAUCUGGCACGAGCUGGACUUUAAGCACUGGCUACGCCGGAAAACCAGAAUGAAUCCUCGCCGACUUACUCCAUCAGAUAACCAUGUUGUAUCGAUCCACUCGAAGCCUGUGGAGGAAUGGGAUCCGUGGUCAAAAUCGCACUACUCGUACUCUCUGAAGCAUCGAGCAUUGGUCAACAAGGCAGACAGGUUCUAUAAAGAGAUGUCGCAUUUCUCGGUUCCCCGACAGCUCACCGCGGCGGAACCUUCCUCGGACAAGGAUCUUGCACCAGCAGCAGAAACCAAGGACCAAUCUCCCGAAAACGAGCUCGGUAGAUUUAAUCGAGUCGCCGUUAGAGUGCUUAAUAGAUACUUGGUGUCCAAAGGGAGACAAGAAGAGGCAAACAGCCUCAAGAUUCAACAAGUCACCUUGGAACCCAGAGAUUUUGCUCUGAGGGUGAACGCCAUCGCCGCCGACUGCUGUACGGAGAUGAGAGAGCUUAGCAGCCGUGUCCGUUGCAACGCAAUUGACAUGAACACGUGUCAUAAGAAGAGAUCUCGUGAGUUUAAGCACUGGAACGUAUCUCGCGCGACGCUAGGCCGAGGUAGUUUCGGAGGCCUUGCUGCUGGUCGCCCUUCUCCCCUCCGUAUGGCAAUCAGUGUGGAUGAGCUGGAGGAUCAACCAUUGGAUGCGAAAAGCGACACGGAUCCGAUGAAGGUAGAUUGGGACUGGAGCACCGAAAGCACGAACAUUAACUAUAGUUCCGUGGAAUGGUGA